UGUUUUGAAAGUUUUUCAGGGGUCGCCCAACAAAUCGCGGACGGAUUAUUUUGUUUUUUGUUGUUUGUUUGAUGUGGCCAAGGAAAAUCGUCGCGAAAAAGUGGUUCCGCGCGGUGCACUUCCAGUUCCUUUUGGGAGAAAGUGGGAAUCUGUCCGGCAAGUAACGGUCAGGAAGAUUAAAAUAAACAAAGUGGCCAGCGGAGAACGGUUCAUUUGUGUGCGCCGAGCGACGGGGUUGUUUUUUUUCGGUAGUUUUCUGGUGUAUCGAAUGCUUUCGGCCAGGGACGUGUCAUCGGUUUGGUUUGGCGUAUUUUCGACCGGUUCACAUCCGAGGAUCGUUGACUGCGAAUGGGUCAGACCGGAUUUAGUGCGAUGCGAAUUUAGAAGGUCGGGGCUGUGGGAACGCUUGGGGCGACUGGAAGAAAAAGUUUCUGGGAUGUUUCGGGAACGUCAGCUUCUGUCCAGUUGGAUCUUCCGUUUCGAAGCACAACACGGGACUGCUUUAGCGUACCCAAUGAUCGAAAUCAUUGAACGGCCGUGGCACGAAUCGAUCGUGUUUCCGCGGGGUGCAUCUGUAAUCUGCAACUCGACCAAUCGGUAAUUUCUGCCGAUUGUGUCCGCUCGACCGGACACGCGGUGGAGAUUCAUUUCUCCGCCGGGAACAUGAUCACGCUGGACGAUCCGGACACGAUCAACUUUGGAGCGACCAUUGAGUUCCGCCCUACUGACGGUUCAUCAAGUCGCCAAUCAUCUGUCAGAACGCGAUCGCUAAGCUGUUUGCUGGGGAGUGCCGCAACCGACCCUGGAUGAUUCAACCAUCGCAAGAGAAGCACCUCCACGUUCGGCUGCGAGAUUUCCUGCUACGCAAGAACAAUCCCGCCGUUCCGCUGAAGUACAGCACCAGUCUCAGCCCCGGUAAGUCAAUUCGGUGCCUAUCGAAGGUCCGCGUCUUUAUCAUAAACAGCGAGGGCGUCUCCGUAAUGGCGUGUCCCCUGCUUCCCAUCGACACGUGGCGGAAGUCUUCAGCGACCGGACAACGGCGCGUACUCGUCCAGCUGAGUCGAGCAGACCAAGCGACCGUCAAAGUCAUUUGUCCUAACCACCGCCGAGGAGCGUCCGGACCUGAACGCGUGCGUCGACGAGUCCAUCUUGUGCGAUGGGAUUGCGCAUUGUCCAUCCGGUGUGGACGAAUCGUUUACGUACUUUUGAGUACUGCUGCAGCUGCCGGCCGAGAGACCUACCGGCUAUGCUGCGGACUGACCGUGUACCGCAUCUACCGCCGGAUAUCGGUGCUGCAGAAGCGGCCCAAGUUGCUCAGCUCGACGGACACGGCCGUGAUUUUCUGACAAUUCUGUACGGUACGCGGAGAUUGACCGCGCCACCACGGUCACCCCGCCGAGUACUCUCCAAACAUCUUCCGGUUCCUUCUCCGACACUUCGCAAAAAAAUUGCGCUCUUCAUUGGAGUAUUUUUUAACGCUUAGUUAGGGAAGGACUUGCGUUCUUGGAACUGUUUAGGAGAGAUAGGAAUAACCAAUAAAAAACAAAAAGAUAGUGCUGUUGAACGAACCAUAAAGUAAGUUAUUUUUUGAGAGGACACUUAUAAAGCUCGCGAUAAUUCAGGUCCAGUUGAUGACACGGUGGCAAAUUAAUUGAUCUCGUACUAGCCCGUUCUCGAGAGCGUUCUUGCUGGCCAAAAACCCUCACCUUGGCCCUAAAUAUACAAAU